AUGGCUCCUUCUAUUCAGUAUCUCCUCAGUAAGCCAUAUGUCAACCACGCCACCCAAACCAUGUCCAGACAAACCAAGCCACACGCCAGCAAGAAUGCCCAAGGCCUCCACAGCCAAGGUCACUCACGCGGCACAGCCAACACCCCAUACGCCAGCAGAGUCACCAGCAUCCAAGGCCUAAACACCAAGAGGACAACAACAAACACCACAACUUCCAAACACCACCCCAAACUCAAACAACACAACUACCUCCGCUACAGCCAAUCCCUCCGCAUCUUCCACUAUGCCUCAUCUUACCUCCCUCUUCCCCUCUUCCAAAGCCUUCUCUCCCGCCCAUCACACGGCUACAUAACCACGCUCCUGAGCCGUGACCCUUUACACUCCAACCCCAUUCCCACAGGCGACGAAACACCUCCCGGCUGCACAGAAGUCGUGUAUAUGGCCUCUGUAUUCCAUAACGGCGGGUCAGCACUAGGAUUCCGCACGGGGGCUGCAAGUGGAGGCGCCGGCGCGGAUAGGGUGGAGUGGUUGUGUUUUGAGCGCAAAGUGGACGAGAGGAUAUUGAGCGGGUUGCGGAUCAAGUGCGGGAGGAGGGGAAAAGUGAAUUCCGGGCUGCUAUUUGAUUGCGUGGCGGUUGUGGAGAAGGGGAGGGGCUGCGGGCUGCGGGCUCGAGGCGAGCAUUGGGCGUGGUGGGAUGCUUUGAGCGGGGCGGGGCAUCCGAGGUGGAGGGUUAGGUUGGGGUGGAGGGGGUUUGGGACGGAGGUUGCGACGUAUUGGGCGUAUAAGGUGGCUCAGGCUCAGGCGUUUGCGAUGUGGGAGGAGAUGGAGAGGGAAGUGGAAGAGGACAUUAAGCAAGAAGAAGUGCAAUAUGUAUCUGUCGAUGAAGAUCAGGAGGGGUGGCAGGAUAUGGAAGUAGACGAUGAUGCUUCAGAGCUGAUGGGUGAUAUCGACACGGAGGAGAGUAAUCAUGUCGUACCCAGAGUCGCUGUACUUGCUACCCCGGAGCAGAGUGUAGAUGCUAGGAGUGGGAAUACCACGCCCCCAGCUCAAGAUCGCGAUGAUGCUUAG